AAAAACCCUAAAAAACAAAGCCCUAGCUCCAGCCAAACCCUUCCAAUCCCCCACGGCCGCCGCACCUCUCUCUCUCUCUCUCUCUCUCUCUCUCCGGACCUUCCCACAAUGUCGAUGUCGAAGAGCUCCAAGAUGCUCCAGUACAUCAACUACCGCAUGCGCGUCACGAUCCAGGACGGCCGCCAGCUAGUCGGAAAAUUCAUGGCCUUCGACCGCCACAUGAACCUUGUCCUCGGCGACUGCGAAGAGUGGCGCAAACUCCCCCCAGCAAAAGGCACGAAAAAACCCGAAGAUCGAGAAGACCGUCGUACCCUCGGCCUCGUCCUCCUCAGGGGCGAAGAGGUCAUUUCCAUGACGGUCGAGGGCCCACCACCACCCGAAGAGUCCCGCGCCAAAGCCGUCUCCGCUGCCGCCAUGGCUGGACCGGGUAUGGGCCGGGCAGCGGGUCGGGGCGUGAACCCUUCCAAUUUGGUCCAGGCUCAGCCCGGUUUAUCUGGACCGGUUAGGGGAGUGGGUGGGCCAGCUCCGGGGAUGAUGCAGCCACAAAUAUCUCGCCCGCCCAUGCCAGCUCAGCAGAUGUCGGCCCCGCCGAUGAUGAUACGGCCGCCGGGGCAGAUGGCGCCGCCACCAUACCCGGGGCCGAUGGGGCGGGGCCCGCCCCCGCAGGGGAUGCCGCCACAGUUCGCGCCGAGGCCGGGUGGUCCGCCGCCGCAGUUUAAUCCGAUGGGGCCGCCGCCGCAGUUCGGGCAGAGGCCGAUGGUGGGGCCGCCGCAGAUGAUGAGGCCAGGGAUGCCGCCGCAGCAGCAGCAGCAGAGGCCGGGGAUGCCGGGACUGCCGCCACCGAGGCCUGGGAUGCCGCCACCUCCUGGGGGGGUUUACGGGCAGCCUCGCCCUGGGAUGCCACCUCCGUCGCAGCAACAGCAGCAGCAGAAUCAGCAGCAGUGAUUUGGGCUAUUUUCAGUUUCAUGGAGGUGUGAAGAUAUUCAGCAAAAUUACUGUCUCUUAGGCUUGCACUGGAUCUGGAUUGAAUUCACUAAUGGUUUGUAUUUGAGGGAAGUUUCUACUAGGCCUCUUUUUGAAUGUUAAUUUUAGCUCGAUGACCUUUAUCUUUCAGCAGAGUAGGUUCUUCUCAACUUUAAUUUCAAUGCUAUAUACACUUUUUGUAAGGGUACAUAUUAACUCUUA